AGUCAUACAGCACAUACAGUAGGAAUCAUCACAUCCAAUGAAGCUCAAUACUCUUUUGUAGGUGUGGCAGUUUUCGGAUACUCCAUCUCCAUAUCCAUUGGGGGCAUCCUGGCCUCCCGCUGCCUACACAAUUCCAUGCUGUGUGACGUCCUGCGCUCACCUAUAUCUUUCUUUGAGCGAACCCCAAGCGGCAACCUGGUGAACCGCUUUGCCAAGGAGAUGGACACCAUUGACUCAGUGAUCCCCAGCAUUAUUAAGAUGUUCAUGGGCUCCAUGUUAAACGUGUUGGGUUCUUGUGUGAUUAUCCUGAUUGCCACACCGCUGGUAGCCAUCAUAAUUCCUGUUCUUGGCCUGCUCUACUUUUUUGUGCAGAGGUUUUAUGUCGCUUCAUCUCGCCAGCUGAAGCGUCUGGAGUCGGUCAGUCGUUCACCCAUCUUCACCCACUUCAAUGAAACUCUGCUGGGCACCUCUGUCAUCAGAGCCUUUGGUGAACAGGAGCGUUUUAUCUGUGAGAGUGACCUGCGGGUGGACCAUAACCAGAAGGCCUACUAUCCCAGCAUAGUAGCCAACAGGUGGCUGGCUGUUCGUCUGGAGUUUGUAGGAAACUGCAUCGUGUCAUUUGCUGCUUUGCUUGCUGUCAUGGCCAGAGAGAGCCUCAGUCCAGGCAUCAUGGGGUUGGCUAUCUCUUAUGCCCUCCAG